AUGGCUUCCUCACGGACAAACGGCUCAGUGCCGUACACGAACGGCUCUUCUGCACCUGCGGACAACUCCGGCCGUUUCGACCCCAAUUUCACCAAUCACGUCAUUGAGACCAUGGGACCCAACGUGACCCCCCGCAACCGCCAGGUCCUCUCCAGCCUGCUCAGGCACCUGCAUGACUUUGCCCGAGAGAUCGAGCUUACAAAUGACGAGUGGAUGACGGGGGUGCACUUUAUCAAUUCGGUGGGGCAGUGCUCUACCAAGACGCGCAACGAGGCUCACCGGGUGUCUGAUAUCUUGGGGUUAGAGUCGGACCGUGACAGGCUGGUCGAUGAGAUCGCCAACAAGAUCGUCGUGGACGGCAAGACAGACCCUACCUCUUCGGCCAUCCUGGGGCCGUUCUGGUCUCCCGACGCACCCUUCCGCGAGAACGGCGACAGCAUCAUCCAGGACCCGGCCCCCGACGGCCGCGUGUGCAGGAUGCACGGCACCAUCACGGACCUCCUGACGGGGAAGCCCAUCCCCAACGCCGUCUUCGACAUCUGGCAGGCCAGCUCCAACGGCAAGUACGACUUCCAGGACCCGGACAACCAGACGCCCAACAACCUGCGCGGCAAGUUCAGGGCCGACCGGGACGGCAAGUACUGGUUCUACUGCUACCACCCGACCGCCUACUCGCUGCCCACCGACGGGCCCUCGUACCAGCUUCUCAAGCUCAUGGACCGUCACCCCAUGCGUCCCGCCCACAUCCACAUCAUGGUCACGCACCGGGACUACCGGGGCUGCACCACCCAGCUAUACCCCAACGACGACCCCUGGCUGGCCACCGACACCGUCUUCGCCGUCAAGGACGACCUGGUCGUGGACUUCACCCCGCUAGAGGGCGAUGACAAGGCCACGAUCGAGCUCGAGUACAAUGUCAUACUCACGCCAAAGGAUUACAAGGAGAGGCAGUUUGAGGCAGGUUCUAGGCUAUGA